AUGAGUUACAAAAAGGACGAAGACGACGUGGGCAUCGUCAAAGUCGACCGCACCAGUGUCUUCCAGGAAGCCCGCGUCUUCAACACCUCCCCCGUCUCCCCCCGCCGCUGCCGCAUCCUCCUCACCAAAAUCGCCCUCCUUCUCUUCACCGGCGAGAAGUUCCCCACCAACGAAGCCACAUCCCUCUUCUUCGGGAUUUCAAAACUGUUCCAGAAUAAAGAUGCCUCCCUCCGCCAGAUGGUGUACCUGGUCAUCAAGGAGCUGGCGAAUACGGCCGAAGAUGUGAUUAUGGUGACGAGCUCGAUUAUGAAGGAUACGGCGGCUGUGGGGAGUGAUGUGGUGUAUCGCGCGAAUGCUAUUCGGGCGUUGUGUCGGAUUAUUGAUGCAUCGACGGUGCAAGCCAUUGAGCGGAAUCUCAAGACGGCGAUUGUGGACAAGACACCUUCUGUCUCCUCUGCUGCGCUGGUUUCGUCUUACCACCUUCUACCCAUAGCACGCGACAUCGUCCGGAGAUGGCAAUCAGAGACACAAGAAGCGGCAUCGUCGUCAAAGUCGAGCGGAGGUUUCAUGGGCUUUGGCGGUUCAGGACAACAUAUGGCAGCCGCCAACACAAACUACAUGACCCAGUACCACGCCAUUGGCCUUCUCUACCAGAUGCGAUCACACGACCGGAUGGCUUUGGUCAAGAUGGUGCAGCAAUAUUCGUCCGCCGGUGCCGUCAAGAGCCCAGCUGCCAGAGUCAUGCUGGUACGACUAGCAGCAAAACUGGCUGAAGAAGACCCCAACCUCCGCAAACCUAUGAUGAAGCUCCUCGACGACUGGCUGCGCGACAAGAGCGAAAUGGUCAAUUUCGAAGCCGCCAAAGCCGUCUGCAACAUGCCCGACCUCACAGACGCAGAAGUCGGCAACGCCAUCCAUGUCCUUCAACUCUUCCUCACUUCUCCUCGCGCUGUGACGAAGUUUGCGGCCAUAAGAAUCCUGCACACUUUCGCCAGCUUCAAGCCUGACGCAGUCCGACAAUGCAACCCGGAUAUCGAGGCUCUCAUCUCAAAUACCAACCGUUCCAUUGCCACUUUCGCCAUCACUACUCUUCUAAAGACUGGCAACGAAGCCUCCGUCGACCGGCUCAUGAAGCAGAUCAGCACUUUCAUGUCCGACAUCACCGACGAGUUCAAGGUCACCGUCGUCGAAGCGAUCCGAACUCUCUGCCUCAAAUUCCCCUCGAAGCAAGCAGGCAUGCUUGCCUUCCUCUCCGGCAUCCUCCGCGACGAAGGCGGCUACGAGUUCAAGCGCGCCGUCGUGGAGUCCAUGUUCGAUUUGAUCAAAUUCGUUCCGGAGUCAAAGGAAGACGCCCUUGCCCACCUCUGCGAAUUCAUCGAGGACUGCGAGUUUACCAAACUCGCGGUGCGGAUAUUGCAUUUGCUCGGGCUGGAGGGGCCGAGGACUGCGCAGCCAACGAAGUAUAUCCGGUACAUCUACAACAGAGUUGUGCUGGAGAACGCCAUUGUGCGCGCGGCUGCGGUGACUGCGCUGGCGAAGUUUGGCGUUGGGCAGAAGGAUCCGGAGGUCAAGAGGAGUGUCGGGGUGUUGCUGCGGAGGUGUCUGGAUGAUACGGAUGAUGAGGUGCGGGAUCGGGCGGCGUUGAAUUUGCGGUUGAUGAAGGAGGAUGAUGAGAUGGCUGUAAAGUUUGUGCGGCAUGACUCCAUGUUCUCCCUCCCCAUCCUCGAAGACCAACUCGCCCACUACGUCAACGGCGGCUCUGCCUCCGCCUUCGCCACCCCCUUCGACUUCGCCUCCGUCCCCGUCGUCACCCGCGAACAAUCCCUCGCCGAAGACCGCACCAAGAAACUCACCACCGCCACGCCCACCCUCAAAGCCCCCUCUGUUGGACCGAAGAAAUCCGAACCCGGCACUGCAGUCGCCGACGCCGCGCGCGAGCAAGCCGCUGCGAGCCAGAAGUACGCGCAGCAGUUGUCUGCUAUCCCCGAGCUGGCGGAAUUUGGCACCGUGCUCAAGAGUUCGAGUGUGGUGGAGUUGACGGAGAGCGAGACGGAGUAUGUCGUUUCGGCCGUCAAGCACCUGUUCAAAGAACACGUGGUGUUGCAGUUCGACAUCAAGAACACUCUCGCCGACUACGUCCUCGGCGACGUUUCUGUCGUCUGCACCGCCUCUUCUCCCGAGUCGGAGGAAGGCGACGAGAGCUCUGGCCUGGAGGAAGAGUUCUUCAUCCCCGUUCCUCUGAUCAAGCAAGACGAGCCCGGCACGGUCUACGUCUCCUUCUCCCGCCCGGAAAGCGAGCAGUUCACCGCUGCGUCUUUCACGAACGUCCUCAAAUUCACCCUCCGCGAAAUCGACCCUUCCACUGGCGAAGCGGAGGAAGGCGGCUACGACGACGAAUACCAAGUCGAAGACCUCGAGCUCACUGGCGCCGACUACAUUUUACCGGCAUUCUCCGGCAGCUUCGAUACCGUCUGGUCCGCGCUCGACGGGCAGGAAGAAGCGGAGGAGACGCUGCAACUCUCCGCCGCGAAGAGUAUCCAAGAAGCUGUCGAGCAGCUCGUUAAAGUGCUUGGGAUGCAGCCGCUCGAGGGAUCCGAAGUGGCGUUGAGUACGAGCACGCAUAAUUUGAGGUUGUGCGGGCGGAGUGUUAUGGGCGGACGGGUAGCGGGGAGUGUGCGGAUGGCUUUUAGUGCGAAGAGUGGGGUUACUGUGAAGGUUGUGGUGCGGAGUGAGGAGGUUGGGUUGGCGGGGGCGGUUUUGGGGGCGGUUGCUUGA